AUAGAUGUGAAAAAAACAGCCUCUACAUUAAACUGUUUGUUGCUAGCGUUCUAUUGGAUAAAUUAGAUAGAGUAGGUUGGUCAUAGUAUUGCCCAGUAACCCUGCUCUUGUACAUGCCUGUACCACUCUCAUUCUUUUCCAGUCAUAUUGGAGUGAUCACCACUGGCUCCAAAUAUCUCUGAAUGAUCAGGGUUUAAUUAUUUUUACACCACAGUUAAAUGAAGUUUAUGCAUUGGCAUGAAAUUACAGGCUAUAUGUGAUCAAAUAUUGUAUUUGUAUUUUAAAUGUUUCAGUCUGUCAUUGUUUCCAUAUGAUUUCUGUAGUCACUGCAGAACCAAGAACAGCUCUGCAACACUACAGGGCCAAUGUGAAAGCUUUUGCAAUUGCAAGGGCCUCUGAAUAAAGACAUUUCAAUCUGGGGUUUGAACCAAGAGGUACCUGUCCUCUUGAAGGACACUUCAGUCACACUGCCGCUCCACGUUUUGCUUUCUAAUCGUUGGCUGCAUGUUUAGCCAGGUAAUUACCUGUUAAGCCGCUGCAAUUGAAGGAGGUCAGGAUACAGAACAGACAGGAUAGCGUGCAGCCAUUCACAACACAAGUGGAGCACUACUCAAGGAGGACGAGAAGGGCUGUGCUGCUCGUUUUGCUGUUUUCUACUCUAAACAUUUAGCAGAGGGAAUUAAGCAUGUCCAAAGCAGAAGAGCGGACAGCCUCUACAAGUUCAGUCAACUCAGCUGCAUCAGAAAGUAGCAGAGAUGGUUCCACAUCAGGUUCAGUCUCUGAAACACCCAAGAAAUCAUUAAAGAAGUCCAAGAAAUCCACUGAGAACAUGAACAAAGUCUACAACUCUGUGCUCAACAGUGUUUUUGGGGCGGAGCGAGAAUUAGCUCAGGCUGAGUUGGAUGAGUUGCAAGAGGCCUUCAAAGAGUUUGACUAUGAUCAAGAUGGAUACCUGAACUACAAGGAUGUGGCUGAAUGCAUGAGGACCAUGGGAUACAUGCCCACAGAAAUGGAGCUGCUAGAGAUAGUACAACAGAUCAAGAUGAGAAUGGGCGGGUUAAUGGAUUUUGAGGACUUUACUGAACUGAUGGGACCCAGGAUGAUGGGGGAGACUGCUCACAUGCUCGGACUCAAAGAGCUCCAGUCAGCCUUUGUGCAAUUUGACCUCGACGGAGACGGAAAGAUCAACCAGGACGAGAUGAAGGAGGCAAUCAAGACGAUGCUGGGGGAGAAGCUGAAGAAAGGAGAACUGGAGGAGAUCUUAAAGGAGCUGGACAUCAACUCAGAUGGAAGCAUUGACUUUGAAGAGUUUGUGAUGAUGCUCUCCAUUCGCUAGUUGCUGAGAAGACUGACUACAAGGACAAGCUACACUAACACUUCUGAAUCAUUCCAUAGAUAGUUAAUACAACUAUGAAUGUAAUGUAGGUAUAGACAUCUACAACAUAAUGUGUGCCUAACUGUAAUAACUGCAUGACUUGCUAAGAUAUUCUGAUCGAUACAUGAAUCUUUUGCAGUGAUGUUACAUGU